GUGACUUGUCUGUAUUGGCCUGAUUUGCAUACGAGCCGAGAGAGCUAGGUGGGAGAGGGGAGCGCCUAUGUAAUAAGGGUUAUUUCAAUGCAGAUGAAUUAGUUUUGAAUGGAGGGCUGGGCUGGGAACCGUGAGAAGCAGGGACUGGAUUGUAGUAUAGAAGGCUCGUAUUGGGCUCAGUAUGGCAUACCCCAGGGGAUGGAGCAAGCUUUAAAGGACCCAAGCUGGGUUACACCUAGUAAAAUGAAGAAACUGGAAGAGGCAGAAAUGGACAGGCUCUUGAGUCAAAGUAACAACCAGCAGCAAGGAACUGGUCAAUCAAAAGAAUGGUGUAGAUCUCCUGGCAUGAAGAACAGUUUAGAGAAACCUCGUAUGAUGGCAGCACCCCCGAAUGGAUUUUUCUCACAUCAUCAAUCAUUGGUGAAUCCGCAUUACAGUAAUGGAUUUCAACAGUAUCUCAUGGAGCCACCAGGAGCAGCAAAUUUCAUUGCAACAUUUUCUUCGGCUCUGCCAUCUCAGAGCUCCCCUCUCGGAUUCUCGGUAUCUCAGACUAGAACGACACAAUCAAAUCUGACCCCAUUUAGCAAUUUUCCCUUUUCAAAGCCCAACAAUCUGAACAUGCCCUUUCCCCUCUCAUCUCUUCCAAAAAAUGACCCCUACAAUUUCUCCGAUGAGUUGUCGCUGAAACGUAAAUUAGAAGAUAAUUAUGGGCAAGUUCCUAAAAAGAAGAAAGUGAAAAACAGUGGAGAAAAAUUGAAUGGACAUGUAGAUAAAAGUAAUUUAAUUAAAACCAAAAAUGUCAAAAAAGUUAUCGAGACUAAUGCUCUCUCACUGAAUGAAAUCGAAGACAGAGUGCAAAAUAUUUUGAAAUCAAUACAAAGAGAAUGUAGUUUUAAGGAACCAAAAAAUGUGCAAUUGAAUAAUAUACAUAGUCAUUCCACUCAAGAAAAGACCAAAGAGGAUACAAAUGGCUCAAAUUCUGUGGACAUUUCGAAAGCAAAGGGUGAAACCAAAGUAAAUAAUUUAUCAGAAAUACCUAUGAAAAGUGCUGAAGAAAUUCAACUUGAAAAACUGAUGGGUAAUUCUAUGGAAAUGGAGGGUCGUAAAACUCCACCAAACUGCUGCACGAAUUGUGAGAAACUUGGAUUCCGAAACUCCCCUCAGUGUCUCAAUAAGCGUUCAGGAGCAGAAGUGGAUGUUUACGACUUUGAGGACGACGACGAAGAUGUCUCAAAUCACUCAGAUCCCAAAAAUCGCUCAAGAAUCGAGGCAGCAAAGGCCAAUAUAUUUAAAACUGAACAUCAGGAAAAACAAGGUGAUGAAAUUAAGGUCGAAUUAGAUAAUCAUGAUUCAGAAAAGGAAAAUUUUUGUGAAAAUGAAAUAUGCGACGAGUCAACAACGUUUACUACAAAAUUACAAAAAUCUGAUCUCAAAGACGAAGGUAGUGCCAAACUGGAUCUACUCUCUGAACACAUUAAUAAGCUGAAAGGGACGGUGACAGAGGAUGAGGAGCACUUGGAUAGACUCAGGAAAAACAUUAAAUCUGAGAUGCCGAUGUGUAGCUGCAGGGGCCCAGAUUAUAUUCCCACAGAGGAUAAUGAGGGUCCUUUUUACACACAUCUUGGAGCGGCGCGAAGUAUUCAAGCUGUGAGGGAACUCAUGGAAAAGAGAACUGGGGAGAUGGGGAGAAGUAUUCGUAUAGAGAAGAUCCGCUAUACUGGAAAAGAAGGCAAGAGUUCACAAGGCUGCCCCAUAGCCAAAUGGAUCAUCCGUCGAUCUGGAGCAGAAGAAAAGUACUUGUGUGUCGUAAGACAGAGGCCUGGUCAUUUCUGUGAAACAGCAUGCAUUAUAACUGUCAUAGUAGCAUGGGAAGGGGUGCCCCAGAAUACCGCUGAUGAUCUCUACCAGUAUCUCAGAACAUCACUUCCUACGAACGGCUUCGAAACAGAAAGAAGAUGUGGUACCAAUGAAAGAAAAACCUGUGCCUGUCAGGGUAUUGAUCUGGUUAGACGUGGAGCCUCUUUCUCCUUUGGAUGUUCAUGGAGUAUGUAUUACAAUGGCUGCAAGUUUGCUCGAAGCAGGGAGGCUAGGAAAUUUAAGCUCAAAGAUACAUCAAAGGAAGUUGAACUUGAAGGGAAGCUACAAGACCUAGCGACAAAGAUGGGUCCACUGUAUAAAAAGAUGGCCCCUGAUGCUUAUUCUAACCAGACAAGGUUUGAAGACACAGCUAAGAUGUGCCGUCUUGGACACGAGGAAGGGCGGCCAUUUUCUGGGGUGACAGCAUGUGUUGAUUUUUGUGCUCAUGCACACAAAGAUCUGCACAACAUGAACAAUGGGAGUACAGUGGUUGUGACUCUUACAAAACAUCGAGGUCUUGGAAAGCCUGAUGAUGAACAGCUUCAUACACUACCAUUACACGUGAUGGAUAUGACAGAUGAACAUGGCAGCACUGAAGCUCAAUUUGAGAAAGCUAGGAAUGGUUCUCUGGAAGUGCUUCAGUAUUAUCCUAUGGAAGCCAGAAUGCGAGCUGUGCCCUUAACUCCCAAGAAAAAGAAGGGAAAGAAAGGAGGCUCAGUGCCUGCCAAAAAAGGAAGACCAUUCAAAAACCCAGAAAAUGCCCAGAAAUCUUCCUCUUCUCCCACUGAUCAAAAGCAGAAUAGUGUUCAGGAUGGAAACAGGGGUCCCUCUUUGCCUAGUAAAUUCUCUUUCAAUGAAAACAAACAGUUCUUAACUUAUGAAGAUAUGAUGAAACUAUCUGAAGAGCCAGGUUUUGCCAAUAUGUAUGAUUCUUUUUGGAAUUAUUUCUACAAGUUUGGAACAUUCCCUCCCCCAAAUUUUCUACAUUCAAAUGAACUCAGAAACCAAAUGGCCAGUAUAACUCCAUCUGUGAUACCUACUAAUUUAUCAUCGGACUCCAUUAAUACUCAGGGUCAUCCCCAUGGUGCUGAGAAGUCAUAUCAAGGUCAAGGUCAACCUCCACCUCAAACCCUUGACCCCAACACCAGGCAGCAGCCAGAAACCCCUCUUGACUUGUCAUCCUCAGGGUCUACAUCACACCUCAAGGCAGCAAUUCAUGAAUCUGCAACUUAUGCACCAUCAAGUCAGUCACCUUUGGACAUCUUGUCAGACGUUGUAUCUAUGAUGCCCUACUGCAACACAAGUCUACCUCAAAACAAUUACAGCAAAGAUCAAACUCUGAAUCAACAACAUUCCAGCAAUUGUGAACAAGCGUUCAACGAUACAGAGGUUUCACCUGAGUCACUUCGGCAGUCAUUCGAUGACAAAGUAAAAGAAGCAGAAACUGCUGGUAGCCACAUGAGAAUUCUUGAUCCUACAGUCGUCAAAUGCGAGAUGGAAUAUAAUGAAAAUGCUUUCCGUGAUCCAGAGAUAGGAGGAGUGGCCAUCGCUUUGCAGCACGGAGCAGUAUUGUUUGAAGUGGCCAAAAGAGAAUUACAUGCCACCACUGGUUUACGAAAUCCAAAUCGGUAUGAACCUACAAGAAUCAGUCUCGUAUUUUAUCAGCACAAAAAUCUAAACUACAAGAACCAUGGCUGGUAUGAACACGAGAAGAAGUGCGAGAUGCUGAAACAGAAACGUCUGGAGAAGAUGCAUUUGGAAACUAAUAAUUUAGUACCGGAUAGUGUGAAAGAAGGAGAGAAGAAGAAAGGAAAGAAAGAGAAAAAAGUGGAUUUUUCCAAGACGUCUGCUGCUCAGUACAAAUACAUGCUGCAAGCACCUGCAGCUAGUGCUGUCACUCUGACCACAGACUCGGUCAUCACAAGAUGGAUUGAUCCCCAGCCUAUGGUGACUGGUCCUUAUCAGAGAUGGGUUUGAAUUGUUUACGAUCUGUAGAAUUACAAUUGGCUGGAAAUUAUUAUUUAUAUUCAUAAGUGCAGGAACAAACGAACAUUUUUUUGAACAAAAAAAAGCCUUUCAUCUACUUAAAUGGAAUUUCACCUCCAUUUAUUGCAAGGAAAAAAAAAAUGUUUGAUAGAAAACGAUUUUCUCUAAAAGUGUUCAUUAACUGUUUUCUUAAAUGUUUUUUUUUAAAGGAUAUACAUAUAUUUUGAUGUUUUUUGUGCUAUUAGGUGGCAAAAAUUUAUGCUCUCAGCCUUCAGAUAUAUUGUUCAGGAUAACAACAUCGUAUUUAUUACAGAUACAAAUUCAUAUAGGGCAGCAGAUUCAGUAUUGUUGUGCAUGUACAAAGUAAGAAUACAUGUGUACUGAAUGCAGGUGAAUUUUAUACUUGAUUUAUUAAACAUGCAAUACAUAUAUCAAUUUUGUAGAGUAUCACCUAAUAUUGUAUUAAAGAUCCUAAAAGAUGUAUAGGGGUUUAUGAUGAUUACGGUAACCCAAAUUUAAGGGUAUCACUUAUAGAUAAUAUAUACUGAUAUUUCUGCUGAUACAAAGUAAUGCUGCAUGUUCUUAUUUUUUGUUAUUUUAUAUUGAGGUGUUGCAAUUGAAGUUGUUCUGUACUGAUGUUUUUUUUUUCUCUUGAAAAUUUUUCAGAUUAGUGCAUUUAACUUCUGAAUUUUUGCUUGCUUUUUAAGUGUUGAAAAUAUUAAAAUAUUUAUAUUUAUUUAUUUUCAUGAAUGGAUCUUAUGUGAAAAUUGGUUUAAAGAAUUCCAACAGUGAUUUCUUCAAAUGUAAGAGAAAAGUGCACCUUUUGGCAAUUUUUCUAUUUUAUCUUGUUUGUUUAGAAGUAGAAUUUUUGUUAAGUUUAUUAAUUGUUUUUUUUUUUACAUUUUUGCUUCAGUCUUAAGUCUGUGAUUUUAUUUUGGGCAACAGUUGAAAAGCCUUGUACAUGUAAAUGAAAUGUUAUCUAAAUAAUCAAUUUUUAAGACAUAAUGAAUGGAUUUUACAAUAAUUAUCUUAAAAUAAUAUGUACAUAGAAUAUUUUGUAUAUAGUAUUCAUAUUAUUUUAUUAAUGAGUUCAGAAUUCCCAUGUUUAUUGACCAUUCUCAGGGAAAUGUAAACUUUUUUUUUUUUUUACAUCAGCCUACCUGCUGAUUAUGCCAGUUUAUUUAAAUCACUUUAUAGUUCUGUGAUUUCAGAAUGCUGUAAGCAAUAUGCUAUGAUAUUCUUAACAAAGUGCUAAGCUGCAUAUAGGUACUAUUUUUUUAAAUCUGCUUUUUUUCCCCUUUUGCUAUUUUGUCUCAUGUUUUCUGAGAAAAAUUCUGUUUAAAGUUCAACAAAUUAUUUCUUUAUUUAAGAUGAUAAAAUUUCUUCUCCAUUAUUAUGUAAAAAGAACUCUAAUGCUGAAAUCCAUUUGUGAUACACUAUAAUAUCAACAUUCCCCGAUUAAAAUUUUAUUAUUUUAGAAAAUUUAUUUAAUAUACAAAAUGUAGGGCAAUAUAUUCAUGUUACUCUUUAAAGGACAGAUAAUACAAACAAACAAACAAAAAUUGAUGUCUGGAUUGAUAUAUAUUUUUGGGCUUAUUUUGGUUAUAAAUGAUACAAAUAUCACAUUUCUAAAAUAUUAAGAAAUUGUCAACUUUUUAUGAAGUUCCAAAUUCUGCCUUCCUUUCUGCAGUAAUCCCUAUAAAUCUAUCCAACGUUUCAUCACUUUUAUAGGACAUUAUUGUGAUAUUAAAAUCUUUAUGGUUUUAAGUUAUUCAUUUUAUUUAUAUACAAAUGACUUUUCUUAUUUUCAUGAUUUUUGAAAAAAAGUUUGUAUCAUCUGUCCUUAAAAUAAUUGCUUUGUGGUCUGAUAGAGUGAAUAUGAAAGACCCUGAUUUUUUUUCUCUUAUGUACAAUAAUUGGGUGAGUGGGGGUGAAAUGUUUGGCUGAAGUAUUAUUAUUUUUUUAUUCUUGAUAGUGCUUUACUGACUUUCACGAUUUGUCUCAGGUUAAAAUGACUGUCCUUUUGGAUCAGAGAAUGAUGUAAAAUCUAUUGCUGAUUACAAGUGGAAUCAACAAUAUUUAAUUUAUAAAAUCUAACUUAUAAAAAGUGCCCUUUUAUGUUUUUUUUUUAAGUAUCAUUUUUUAUGAAAAAAGCUUUUGUGUAACAUGUGAAUUGUAAACGUAGUGACUAGGCAGACAUUAUAGUAAUUUGUGUGGAACUUGAAUAUUGUGAAAAUUGUUUGUGUUGUUAGUGUGCACAGAUAUCUAAAACUUGUAAACAUUGAUUAAUGAGCAGCAGUUCAUCUCUUUUUGAUAAAUAUGGACAUGAUGUCCAAAUAUAUUAUACAGAAUAUGGUUUAAACCGUAAUGGAAAUAGCUGUUUCUCAUAAAUAUUUGUAUGUUAGUGUAGAUAAUAUAAUUUAAUGGAAGUAUAUAUUGAUAUAUAUGACUUAAUUAUUAACAGUCUAUAGAUUUAAACAGAAUCGUGGUUCUGUUUUGUCCAAUAAAAGUCAUCAAAAUGAA